AUGGCCCUAUCCAGCGUCAUCGGGCGCCUACUGGCAUCACUGGCCAUUACCAUCCUCUCCCAUCCCCUCUGGACCAUAUUGCUGGUCCCCCUGACCCUGGUCGUCGCGCGGUCUCUGUACCGCAUCUCCCCGUUCCAUCCACUGUCGCAUAUCCCCGGACCGCUCGCCCCUCGCAUCUCCUCGCUAUGGCUGACCUACCACGCCUGGAUCGGCGACGAGGCGACCGUCGUCGAGACUCUCCACCAAAAAUACGGGCCCAUUGUGCGCAACGGGCCCAACAGCGUCGACAUCUCCGACGGCGCCGCCCUGGCGCCCAUAUACACGGAGCGGGGGGGCUUUGUCAAGCCAGCCUUCUACGAGAACUUUGCCCUGCCGGACUCGGCGCAGGUCCAUAAUUCCAUCUUCUCGGAGGUGGACCCUUCGAUACGGGCUCCCCGCGCAAAGGCCGUCGCGGUGCUGUUCUCGACCGCAAACUUGAGGCAGGGCCAGGACGUCAUCCAUAAAUGCGUGGAUCGGUUCGUGGACCGGCUGGCCGAGGGGAAGAGGCAGAGCGAGAAGCAGGGCGGCGGCAGCGGCAGAGGCCCGGUGAAUGUCUUGAACUUGACGCGAGGAUUGGCCGUGGAUGCCGUGACGUCGUAUCUCUUCGGGACCAGCUACGGGGCCCUCGCCGAGGAGGACAAGUCGCACAACCACCGCCGGCAUGAGGAGGUCGCCGUGCAACGCGAGCUGGCCGAGCCCAUGAGCGCCGCGGGCAUGGUCGACUGCUUCGUCGCGGUCGGCCGGUUCUGGUACCUGCCAAAGUGGGCGUUCAAGCUGGUCGAGUCGUUCGACGCAUGGUGGAACGCGGACGAGGAAGUGUCGCAGAGUCUGGCGCACGUCGACGAGUUCGUCGCAGGUGUGGUCCGUGACGCUGAGACCGCGAUCCAAGAGUCCCAGUCGACCGAGAAGACAAGCACCCCGAAACACCCGUUGACGUCGUACCCGGCCCGUCUGCUGCAGGCCGGCUUCACCGCGUCAGAGACGCGCGCGCAGUGCAAGGACCUGAUCUUCGCCGGCACCGACAGCACGGGGAUGAACCUGGCCACGAUCCUGUUCAUGCUCGCGCGCCACCCCACGUGCUACCAGAAACUGAGGGACGAGGUCCUCGCGCACCGGCCGGGCUUCGACGACCUCCAGACCCUGCCCUACCUGCGCGGCGUGGUCAAGGAGGGCCUGCGUCUCUCGAUGGCGAACCCGUCACGCCUCCCCCGCGUCGUGCCCCCAGGGGGCUGGACGUUCAAGGACACCUACUUCCCCGCCGGCACCGAGGCCAGUUGCACACCCUACUCGCUACAUCUGAACCCGCGCGUCUUCCCGGAGCCUCGUGCAUUCCGCCCUGAGCGCUGGCUGGACCCCUCCGACGAGAUGAUCCGCGACGCCAUCCCCUUUGGCCUGGGCAGUCGGCAGUGCAUCGCGCGCAAUCUGGCCACUGUCGAGCUGUUCUGGGCUGUAGCGCGCGUUGCCGAGGCCGAUGUCCUGCGCGGUGUAGAUACCUUGACCUCCAACAUCCAAAUUCUCGAGUGGUUCAACAGCAAGGUUGUCGGGGAGAGGAUAGAUUUGGUCUGGGCGUAA